GGAGUGUUUAUUUACAAACAAACCUGCACGCACAGUUUAAUGACACGAUUUGCUAGAAAAUAAAGUGCAAUUGUUUUAUGAAAUAUUUAGCGUGAAUGUGUAAUUAGCAGUACAGAUAUUGUAUAAUCAACAACACCCGACUGUUGUGAAAUAAUUUUCCACUAGCAGAAACCAAAAGUUGAAGAAUAAAAGGUUCAAAGUGCAUCCCCUUUACCGAGUGCCCAAUUUGGAGAAAAUGCUACGAACAAUUGCUGGAAGCGGAACACUCACACAGGCCAUCAGACUGACGAUGGACCGUAACCUUUGCAGCAGCAGUUCGGCCGGCGUUGCAGCUAAACGGCUCACCGGGAAGGUGGCCGUCGUAACGGCCUCUACGGAAGGAAUUGGAUAUGCCAUUGCCGAACGUUUGGGUCAGGAAGGGGCGAAGGUGGUGGUUAGUAGCCGCAAGCAGCAGAACGUCGAUCGCGCCGUGAACGAUCUGCGAUCCGCCGGACUGGAGGUAUCGGGGAUUAAGUGUCACGUCGCGAAUGCUACCGAUCGGAAGGCGCUGUUUGAUCAUGCUGCCCAAAAGUUCGGUGGCAUCGACAUUCUCGUAUCGAACGCAGCGGUCAAUCCGGAGGUUGGUGGUGUGCUGGAGUGUAGCGAAUCGGCCUGGGACAAGAUUUUCGACGUGAAUGUGAAAUGUUCCUACCUGCUGGCGAAGGAAGCGGUACCGUUCCUGCGAGAGCGCAAGGGUGGCAGCAUCGUAUUCAUUUCGUCCAUCGCCGGGUUUCAACCGUUCCAACUGUUGGGUGCCUAUUCCGUCAGCAAAACGGCACUGUUCGGGUUGACGAAGGCUGCCAGCCAGGAGCUGGCCACCGAGAACAUUCGCGUGAACUGCAUUGCGCCCGGGGUGGUGCAAACUAAGUUUGCCGGAGCGUUGCAAGAGUCCGAUGCCGCCAAAGAAGAAACUCUUUCCCGGAUUCCUAUGGGCCGGAUCGCUCAACCGAAGGAAAUUUCCGGUGUCUGCGCAUUCCUCGUGUCGGACGAUGCAAGUUACGUUACCGGCGAAACGAUUGUAGCAUCCGGAGGCAUGCCAUCCAGGCUGUAAGAAUGUAAAUAUCGUACUUCCAACGUCUUCCUUGGGUGGGGCUUCUUUAAAUGGGUGCACAAGCUGUGUACAAGGUGCGAGCUUCUCGAACCAUUUUACUUUAUUUCGUUACAUCAUACUGGUUAAUAAAACAUUUCCAUGGACGGUGAGCAUACACCUUAA